GGCCAUUCUGCGGCAGAUCUGAUCCAUCAUGUCUACGGUGACGGUUCAGCUUGGCCAAUGCGGCAACCAGCUGGGCCAGCAGCUCUUCCAGCUCCUCCACACGGAGGCCACCACCGCCCCGACCCAGACAAACACCGCCAGCAGCAGCCUCAGCAGCAGCCUCCCCGCGUCCACCAUCUCCCCCUACCACUCGUCGCUGCUCGACACCUACUUCUACCAGCCGCAGACCAAAGAUAGGCACAAUGACGCGUGGACGGCCAGGGCGGUGCUCAUCGACAUGGAGCCCAAAGUGGUCGAGCAGUGCCUCCACUCCACACACACCAAGCGGCCGCCCACACUCCUGUCUGCUCGACAUCCACAUCCCUCGAACAAGGCUGCCGCUGGUAUCGGUGGGAGCGGUGGCGCGCCUUCGGGUCAGUGGCGGUACGACGCCAAGAGUGCGGUGUGUCAGCAGAGCGGGAGUGCCAACAACUGGGGGUACGGGUACUUUGUGCACGGCGAGCGCAACAGGGAGAGGAUAGCCGACGUCACGAGGCGACAGGCCGAGAAAUGCGACAGGCUCGACAGCAUACACCUGAUGCAGAGCCUCGCAGGUCAGAUCUGCAGGCAGACGAACAGAUGAAGCGGUUGGCACACUCUUUUAAAAGAGUGUUUGUGUUUGUAUUUGAUAGGUGGCACCGGUAGUGGGUUGGGUGUGUAUGUGUUGGAUUUGUUGUGCGACGAGUACCCCUCUGUGUCGGUCCUCAACACGUGCGUGUGGCCUUUCAAAGCGGGCGAGGUCACGGUCCAGUGCUACAACGCAUCCCUCUCAAUGGCCAAGAUAUACCAGCAGAGGUCAGCUAGGCCAUUUUCCAUCCAUUCUCUCCCUGAUGUGCGUGUGUGUGGUGCAGUGACGGCAUCCUGUUUGUUGAGAACGACCGGUACCGGUCUCUGUGCGAGCGUCUGUACCACAUCGACCACCUGUCGUUCCCCUGCCUCAACGAGGCCAUCGCCAACGACCUCAUGGGCGCACUCACACCCCUAGACGACCCCGCACUGUCGGCAUCUGUGGGCUGGCGGCCAGCCAUCCCCCUCAUGCUCAGACAGUGCUGCACUCACCCCGCAUACAAACUCCUCACCAUGAGAUCCGUCCCGCAGGUCAACACCAUCCAUCCAUCCAUUCAUCCAACAUGGCAAUGAUCCCAUUCAUCCGUGUCUGUCUUUAGGUGCCGGUAUCUUCUGUUCCGUAUCACAGCGACGAGUGGUCGGGGCUGCUGAAGCGGCUGCAUCGCAUGUGUGGCCACCAGCUGAUUCUCGACUUCGAGGGCGCUACCCCACAUAUGGAGAGGGGCUGGGGGAGCUCAUGGGGAGGGGGAGGCGGUGGGGGCGGGGGCAUGCACAAGACAUCGCACCCCGACGCACCGCCGGCAGGUGCAUCGCAGCAGCCGUGGGGUGAGGAGGACGACCAGCAGCGGUGGGGCAACGUGAGUGUGGGCAGCCAGCUGGUGCUGCGGGGCGUCGACACGCACAGGGCCGACCCGGCCCCACUCAUGAAGAACGACAACUUCUGGAGCCUCGCGCUCGACCCCAUUGUGGUCCGUCCCCCACACAAGCCACAGAGGCAGAGAUGCUCGCUCCAUAUGUGUGCCAUGUGUGUGUAUGUUUCUCUGCGUGUAGGUGUAUCAGAAUCCGUUUCCAUUCCGUGGUCUGCAGCGGUCGGCGUCGCUCAUAGCCAACGACCAAUCGCCGCUGACAGCCCUCAAAGAGUGAGGGAGUGAACACCCCUGCAAUACAGAUCAUACACCAUGCAUGCGUGUGUGUGCGGGGGUGCGGUAUGUGGCAGGAUGUUGCAUCGCGGCUUGGGCAUGCUGGUUGGUCGAGCGUAUGUGCAUCAGUAUGAGGCGUACGGGCUGGGGGAGGAGGCCAUCGGCGAGGCCAUGCAGUGCCUCACACAAAUCAUUCACUCAUACCAGCAACUCAAGACAUGAUUGACCUGCCAGGCCAGCUGUGGACAUCCAUCAUAUCACAAUACUUUUCGUGAUGUUUGCCCGUUGGCCACCUAAAGUAACAUCUAGACCCUCUUUCUUUGCUUCUCUGCAUCCGUUAACAUGCACUACCGCAGCCUGUCUGUGCUCGGCCGGCCCCGUGCUUGGUGUUUGUGGUGUCUCGUCGGAUUGGGAUGCCUCUCAGACGAGACACCACAAACAUCAAGCAGGAACAGAGGGAACAGAGUCAUCAGCAGCGACGUUCAGUCAGUUCGACGCAACAAACACUGUAUGCGUAUUGACAUCAAAACAUC